ACCGGCGCAUCCAUCACACCCGGCGAGGGAAAGAGGCAUCACUUCGCCGGUUCCAUCGAUCUGCCGGAACUGGCCAGGCACCGUUUUUGCGUGUGCGCGUGUGUGCGCGCGCUUGAGCGAGCAGGGCGAAAGCGGCCCUGAGGUAUUUCUGCCACCGAGGAGCAGCCACCCGCACGCAUAACGGAGAGCCAGUGAUACGCUCGGGAAAUAAAAUCCUCUAAGACAUCCGAGGAAACCUACCUGUCUGGACUAUUUCAUUGUUUUUGAGUUCCUCUUUUGCUUAAAUCACAGGGGGCAAGUGGAACCAAAGACAGCCCAGUGCUGGAUUCCAGAGGGAAAGCUAGAGUGAGUAGACCCUUAAGGUGAAGGAGGGUGCAUGGAUCGCUCAAGGACAAAGACUUCCGCCUGCCUCUGGUUGGGCGUGGUCUCCGUGGCAACAACCUUUCUCUGUGCAGAGGCGCGAGUCACACCUAGCCCACCCCUCCCUGACAACACCACAUGCGUUGGGGAAGCGGGUCGAUGCCAACCUGGCAUCAUCUUACCUAUCUGGUACCCCGAGGACCCCUCCCUGGGUGACAAGAUUGCCAGGGUCAUUGUGUAUUUUGUGGCAAUGAUCUACAUGUUCCUGGGUGUGUCGAUUAUUGCAGAUCGCUUCAUGGCCGCCAUUGAGGUCAUCACCUCCCAGGAAAAGGAAAUAAUUAUUAAACGGCCAAACGGCGAGACGACAACCACAACGAUCCGUGUGUGGAACGAAACUGUGUCCAACCUCACGCUCAUGGCAUUGGGCUCCUCUGCACCUGAAAUACUCCUCUCCCUUAUCGAGGUAUGCGGACACGAGUUCCAUGCCGGUGAGCUCGGCCCGUCCACCAUUGUAGGCAGUGCUGCCUUCAACAUGUUCGUGAUUAUCGGCCUGUGCGUGUUGGUGAUCCCGGAAGGGGAGGUACGAAAAGUGAAGCACCUCCGGGUGUUUUUUGUGACAGCGGCAUGGAGCGUGUUUGCCUACAUUUGGCUCUACAUGAUACUGGCUGUGUUCUCGCCCAAUGUCGUGCAGGUGUGGGAAGGGCUUCUCACGCUGGCUUUCUUCCCCAUUUGCGUUAUUCUGGCCUGGGUGGCCGACCGUCGGCUGCUUUUCUAUAAGUUCAUGCACAAGAAAUAUCGCACGGACAAGCACCGUGGCGUCAUCAUCGAGACUGAGGGUGACUGCUCAAAAGGCAUCGAAAUGGACGGAAAGAUGAUGAAUUCUCAUUUUUUAGAUGGUGGAGCUGCAAGCAACUUAAUGGGCCUGAUUGAAGGCAAGGAGGUGGACGAGUCUCGCAGAGAUAUGAUCCGUAUCCUGAAAGACCUGAAGCAGAAACACCCAGAGAAGGAGCUGGACCAGCUGGUGGAGAUGGCCAACUACUAUGCACUGUCGCACCAACAGAAAAGCAGAGCAUUUUACCGUAUCCAGGCCACAAGGAUGAUGACUGGAGCUGGGAACAUCCUUAAAAAGCAUGUGGCAGAGCAGGCCAAACGUAGCGGUAGCGUUCAAGAAGUUCACAUAGAAGAACAAGAGGAAUUUGUGUCCCGGAUUGUGUUUGAACCUGCUGUUUAUCAGUGUCUGGAGAACUGUGGGGCCGUUCUGUUGACGCUAGAGCGUAAGGGUGGUGACAUCGGCAAGACAAUUUAUGUGGAUUAUAAAACGGAGGACGGAUCAGCGAAUGCCGGUGCGGACUAUGAGUUUACAGAGGGCACUGUGGUGUUCAAACCUGGUGAGGUUGUCAAGGAUAUCACUGUUGGAAUCAUCGACGAUGACAUUUUUGAGGAGGAUGAGCAUUUCUUUGUACGACUCAGUAACGUGCGUGUUCUUGAGACAGAGGACGAGGUGCUUUCGCCUAGUAGCUUGCCGUACCCGAAAGCAUUGAUAGGUUUCCCUGCUGUUGCUACGGUUACCAUCCUCGAUGAUGACCAUGCUGGCAUCUUCACUUUUGAAAGUGAGUCGAUGCACGUGAGUGAGAGUGUGGGGAUCAUGGAGGUGAAAGUCCUGCGGACGUCAGGAGCCCGAGGGACCGUCAUCAUUCCUUUCCGCACUGUGGAGGGACUCGCGAAGGGUGGAGGAGAGGACUUUGAGGAUGCAUACGGAGAACUGGAGUUCAAAAACGAUGAGACAUGUAAAAUUAUACAAGUUAAGAUAAUUGACGAUGAGGAGUAUGAAAAAAACAAAAACUUCUUCCUGGAGCUGGCGGAACCACGCAUGGUGGAUAUGAGUCUUCAGAAAGCUCUGUUGUUAGCUGAUGAUAUUCCAGACAGGAAGAUGUCAUCAGAGGAAGAGGAAGCAAGAAGAAUAGCAGGGAUGGGGAAGCCUGUAUUAGGCGAGCAUGCAAAAAUAGAGAUCAUCAUCGAGGAGUCGUAUGAGUUUAAGAGUACAGUAGAUAAGUUGAUUAAGAAGACUAACUUGGCUUUGGUUGUGGGCACAAAUUCCUGGAGAGAACAAUUUAUGGAGGCCAUAACUGUCAGUGCAGGAGAUGAGGAUGAAGAUGAGGGUGGAGAAGAACGUCUGCCAUCUUGUGUUGAUUAUGUCAUGCACUUCCUAACUGUGUUCUGGAAGGUUUUGUUCGCCUGUGUCCCACCCACGGACUAUUGGAAUGGGUGGGCAUGUUUUGUUGUUUCCAUAGUAAUACUCGGUCUAUUGACGGCUGUGAUUGGCGACCUGGCCAGUCAUUUUGGUUGCACUAUCGGCCUGAAGGACUCUGUCACUGCUGUGGUGUUUGUAGCCCUUGGAACAUCUAUCCCUGAUACCUUUGCCAGCAAAGUCGCAGCGGUGCAGGACACGUACGCAGAUGCAUCUAUUGGUAACGUGACAGGUAGCAACGCUGUGAACGUUUUCUUGGGAAUUGGAGUGGCAUGGACGGUGGCCGCCAUCUACUGGCACAUGCAGGGUCGUGCAUUUGAGGUGCAAGCGGGGUCCCUGGCCUUUUCUGUCACUCUCUUCACCAUCUUUGCCUUCCUGGCUGUGAGCGUCCUGCUGUAUCGACGCAGGCCUCAUAUCGGGGGAGAGCUGGGUGGCCCUUGUAGUCACCGCAUCUUCACCUCACUCUUUUUCUUCAGUCUCUGGUUUCUCUACGUCCUUUUCUCCAGUCUGGAGGCUUACUGUCAUAUACAGGGCUUCUGAAGAGAUGGAGACUGGGUCGGGUGGGGUGAGGGGCUAGAGAUUGGGAGAGAAAGAUUGAUGCAAGCAAACUUCUAGUCAAAAAUGACUGCGUAAGAGCCAAGGACAAAUCACACUGACUGUUUUGAAAAGUUUUAAACAGGCAAGGAUUUGAGUC